AUGGAUUACCAACUUUUUCAACAACAUUUGCCCAGCAUCGUCGUUCGGCGCUUGCCAGAACAGAUGAUGCCUCUAGUCCCCACGCAACAUCAUCAGGCUUCUAACCACAAGCACGCCGCCAAGUGCCCGAUAUCAUCCCGAAGGAUGGCUGAGAAACUUCCCAGCGGUGGGCUGAGAUCCAGCUUGAAAAAGCACGACAUGGAUCAGCACAAGAAUGUCCACUGGGAUUCGGCUACAGUAAACAACGAGACCAAGACAAAGUCCAGAAUCAGAUCACCCAUUCUAGGACCUGAAUCACACCCAUGGAAUAUGACUUUCUCGCCCAGACUCCGCUCGGAGUCGAGAAAUAUAGGGGGUAGUUUAGCUCAUGCUUCCAAUACAUCCAGGCCAAUGGACCCGAGGCAAUCACGAGUGUCAACCUCGAAGGAAGCCAGGCAUGGGCCGCCAAAUACCGCAGUAAAGAGAAAAACACCAUCAUCAACUCAGAGGCUAAGCCAUGAUCAUCGCUCGUUGAGAACCGACUCUAAGGGGACAAUAAAAUCUCGACCAGACGAGUUGUCCGCCCGGUCGCAAGACGGUUCGUCGUCAGGCUACCAAGCACCAGCGAACUCAUCAUCCAAGAGGAACCCUAAGAAAUUGAGCCAGUUACCAUCUCAAAUUAGUAGCCUGCCGCCGCCGGUACCAGAUGCACCACAAAUGCCUCCCCCAACGCCAAGGCCAGCUCGACUACCAACUCCUGAUUUGGAUGACAUUAGUGACAGGAGGUUUUGUUAUUGCAAUAAUGCCGCCUGUCAUAGCCGCGCAUAUCCCCAUGAUUCUCAAGGCAGGCGCCUGAGCUCCAAAAUGAGCGAGCAGAUAUAUGCCGCCCAGGCAUACAUGACGGCCACGAGGAAUUGA